AUGGAUGUCACAGCUGUCACCUUCCCCGAUUGCCUCCCCGCUAUCCUCAACGACAUCGCCACCAGCUGCUUCGUUUCCGUGGACUUCGAGCUCUCUGGAGUUGCCUUCAAACCAAGCACACCACAGUCCCGGCCCCAGACUGUACAGGAGCGAUACGUGGAAGCUAAGGCGGCUGCCGAGCGGUACCAGAUUCUCCAAGUUGGCCUCACAACUUGUCAUGAAGACAAGGAAAAUGCCACCUACACACUGAAACCGUACAACAUAAAUCUGAGUCCAAUCACCCAGCAUGAGAUGGAUGUGAAUCGGGACUGGACAUUCGGAAGCCGCUCAAUGGAAUUCUUGCUCGCGAACCACUUCAGUAUUGACUAUAUGUGUACCUUCGGUGUGCGAUACCUGUCUCGAGAGGAAGAAAAACUGGCAAUCAGAAGAGCCACGCAAAAAUGUUACUCGCGGAAUCCGGUCCAAGUUGCGGAUAUCAAAAAAGACGAUCAUGAAUCUCUCGAGUUCCUCGAAACUGUUCGGACCAGCGUCAACGAGUGGCUGGCACAGGGCGAGAAACGCCGGGAGUGGCUCAACAUCCCACCACCCAACAGUGUGCCGAUCAUCCCGGGCCCCAUACCUACCGGUUUGAGCAGCAUGCAGAAAUGGCUGGUACACCACCUCAUCAGCGACGAAUACCCCAACUUAACAUCGCGGGGCGCGUCGACGUUCGUCCAGAUCGAAUUGCGGGACCCGUGCAAUGAGCAGUGUACCCUCGAAACGAAAUUGAAGGUCAAAAAGGAACGAGUGCGGAAACAUAUCGGGUUCCGCUGGAUCGCAGAAGCACUGGUGGGUGGGAGUCUGGAAGAACUUGAGACAGACGCUUUCCAUCCUCUGAUGAAGAUGAUAGAGCAGCCGGCUUUUGGGAUCCAGCAGUUGUCAGACAAAGUGAAGAACCAGCUGAGGGAGAAUAGACCCGUUCUAAUCGGGCACAACAUGUUCUGUGAUCUUCUCUUCUUCCACAGGUGCUUCCUGGGUCCGUUGCCGAAUACCCUCGCCGAGUUCCAGACCGCCAUCCACGGUCUAUUCCCCGUGGUAGCCGAUACCAAGUACAUUGCCACCCAUGACUGCGGCUCUCUAAAUCCCAUGUCUUCGCUCGAAGAGCUCAACACGACUCUAGCUGGAAUAGAAAACCCCAAGAUAGACGUUGACCCUCACUUUUCGAAGUACAAGUUCCGGAAGCGCAGCCACGAGGCGGGAUACGAUAGCAUGCUUGCCGCCAUGGCCUUCAUCAAACUGGCAGGUGAGAUACAGCGCAACCCUGCCCAACCGGCCGUCAAGCCCCAGCUAUACACGCCCACAACGCCUAGUUUGGUUGCCAGUGUCAUGGCACAGUCUAUCAAUCAGACUGUUCCCAAUAGUGAAUUCUGCAACUUCUUUGACGUUGACACUGAGACCCUUCCGAGGAUUGAACCAGCCCAGAUUGCUCGAGCUGGCAGAUCUCUAGCCGACACUGGUUCCGUGCGUAUAGCUCGACUGGUCAAGCAGGGUAGAUUACUGCCGCGUCUCGGAGAUGUCUUCUGGGAUAUCUACGGGAAUAAACUACGGGUGUUCGGUACACAGGAAAGGAUGGUGCAACUAGGAACCGAGGCGCCAGAGGAGGAAGAUUUGCUGCUGGAGAUCUGA